AUGUCUGCCUCAGACAUGGCAACCCAACAACAGGCAAUGAUUACCGCGCAGCCAGCAACCACGACCACCAAACCGACGAUCAUCGGUCUGUACGGUAUUUCUGGUUCUGGGAAGACCACAUUGUUGCAGCAGGUACGCGAGACGCUAGAUACAGACAACUUUUCGUUCUUCGAAGGUACAGACGAGAUCGCCAAGCUUGUUGACGGUGGGAUCGAAGCAUUCAAGAAGAUGGAUGAGGGGGUGAAGUCGUUGUACCGUCAAGCGGCCAUCAAGGGGGUUGCGAAGGCGUGUGUUGAUAGCGGAAAAGCUGGGAUCGUCACCGGUCACUACAUGCUCUGGGGAGAAGGCAAUGCGAAGGGGGAGGUUGUAUGCACAAAAGCCGAUCUAGAGAUCUUCACCCACAUCCUCUAUCUCGACCGCGAUCCGAGAACGGUUUUCGUCCAACGCAAGGGCGACAAGAGCCGUGCUCGUCCAGAGGUUUCCGCCCAACUACUCGAAGAGUGGCAAAAUCGGGAGAAGAAUGACCUUCGAAAACUGUGUCGUGCGUACGGCAUUUUAUUCGCAACUGUCGGGCAUGUUGCAUGGAAUGCACGGAUGGCCGAGUGGUUCCACGACAUGUGGGAUGCACGAAUUGAGGAGUUGUUGAACGACUUCUGCAUCCACAACGAGACCCACAACACGAAGUGUACGGAGCAGGCUUUGGAUGUCAUCUUCCCCGUUUGGGAUAACCGCAAGCUGGACACUGUUCUGGUCAUUGAUGCUGACGGGACACUGGCUGCCGAGGACACGGGUGCGAUCUUCUGGAGCAAGAUUGCUGGAAAGGGGCGCACGCUGAAGACAUUGUUCAGUGGUCCACUGCAAUACUCAUACACAGCCUGUCGCCAAGCGAUGCUGCUCUACGAGGAAGCAAAGGACGACGAGGAUUUCGACACAUUAUGCGAGGAGGUCGCAGCAGAGGUGACUGUGCAUCCCGAGUUUGUACAUCUUCUCACUGAAGUCGCAAAGCAUAAGCAUGUCAGGGCGGUCAUUGUGACCUGCGGCGUUCGUCGGAUCUGGAAGAAAGUGCUGAAGAACUCGGGUCUGACGGUGCCUGUGAUUGGUGGUGGCAGAAUAUCAGAUGGCUACGUGGUCACGGCUGGCGUCAAAGCAGGUGUGGUGAGCAAGUUGCAAGCGCUCGGCAUGCAAGUCGUCGCUUUUGGCGACAGCCCAUUAGACCUUCCGAUGCUUUCUCAAGCCAACCGGCCGAUUGUUGUGGUAGGUGAGGAGGGCGUCAGGAGUCGAUCGAUGGAUGCAGAUUUGGAGAAAGCCAUCGACGGCGGCCUCAGAGCUCACCAGCUAUUGCUCCCUAGCACGGCAACUCCCAGAGAUGAGACUUACAGGCUGCCUCUAAUAACGCUUCCGACAGUCGAAAGUUUUGUGCUUGAUUACAACUUCACCAUCGUCACUGCGACCAACAAGACGGCAGUACAGCUACUCGCAGGCCCGACUCGCGAUGCGAAUAUCCGUGGUGGCGAGUUGCGGCAAGCCCACAGCCGUAUCGGGCAGUACCUUGCGACUGAAUACCUCGCCAACAUCAUCGAUGUAGAACCGUACAACAUCACGGCCGUACAAGGCAUGCCGAGUGAAGGCCACAUACUUCUUCACGAGCAGAACACCGCUAUUGUGUCUCUCAUGCGUGGCGGCGACCCUUUGGCCGCAGGUGUGAGCGAAGCCUUCCAGCUCGCAUCGUACUACCACGCCAAAGAGCCCGAGGAUCUGACGACGAAACAUCUCAAGAAGCUCUCCACGGUGAUCCUAGCCGACGCGGUUGUGAACAACGGUGACACAGUCGCCAAGUUCGUGAGGCACAUCCGCAAGGUGCAUCUCACAGUCAGCAUCGUGGUCGUGGCUGCUGUAGUUCAGGCCGGCGCCGUUGCUGAAGGCGGGUCGCUUGUGAAGGCGCUCAGGGGCCAGGGCAAGGUCACGCUGGUGUGCUUGCGCACGUCUGAUACGAGGUACACGGGUGUGGGAGGCACUGAUACUGGCCAUCGUCUGUUCAAUACAACGCAUCUUGACGGGCCUGAUAACGACAACAAGAACGAGAAGAUGGCAGCUGGAGGAUGGGGGAAGGUGCAGCAGAAGGAAGGGGAUUGCGCGUAG